GAGCGGCUCUCCGGGAUCCGGUGCCACUUCCAGCUGGGUUCAGCAGUGAGAGCAAAGCUCCGAGCUGUGCUGGAAGGGGAGGGAGCAAAGCAAAGCAAGCACAGGCGAGAGAGGCAGGGAGAGACUCCGUCGCGGCAGUAAUGAGGGAGAAGCUGUUUAGUCAUCUCUCUAUAUAUACUUUCACAAUGAUGAUCACAUUUACUGAUUGCUUCUGACUUCAUUUGGAGAGGGAGUCAAGAGGCAGGCAGAACGGUUCACCUUUUAUCCUGAGGAGUAACUGCUCCCCCUUCCUUCCAGUUCCCCAGAUUCAGCCCUACUUCUGGGCACUGGGAGCAUCUUUCCUUCCAGAUGGAACUGAUCUGACUUCCAACAGGUCUCAGGAGCAGCCUAACCAUCUUCUCCAGUAACAAGGCCUGGGGUCAUCAUGGCAGCAGGAGUAGCAGCAUGGUUGCCCUUUGCCAGGGCAGCCGCCAUAGGAUGGAUGCCAGUGGCCAACUGUCCUAUGCCACUGGCUCCAACGGAGAAAAACAAGAGGCAGGAUGAGCUGAUCAUUCUCAAUGUGAGUGGCAGGCGUUUCCAGACCUGGAGGACUACACUGGAGAGAUACCCGGACACUCUCCUGGGCAGCACCGAGAAGGAGUUCUUCUUCAACGAAGACACUAAGGAGUACUUCUUUGACCGGGACCCUGAGGUGUUUAGGUGCAUCUUGAAUUUUUAUAGAACUGGCAAGCUGCACUACCCCAGGUAUGAGUGCAUCUCUGCUUACGACGAAGAGCUUGCCUUCUAUGGGAUCCUCCCUGAAAUCAUUGGGGACUGCUGCUAUGAAGAGUACAAAGACAGAAAGCGGGAAAACGCAGAGCGGCUGAUGGAUGAUAAUGACUCUGAAAACAACCAAGAAGGGUCCAUGCCAUCCCUGAGCUUCCGGCAGACCAUGUGGCGAGCCUUCGAGAACCCCCACACCAGCACCUUAGCCUUAGUCUUUUACUAUGUCACCGGUUUCUUUAUUGCUGUCUCUGUAAUCACUAAUGUCGUGGAAACUGUCCCUUGUGGCACGGUGCCUGGAAACAAGGAGCUUCCAUGUGGGGAAAGAUACGCUGUGGCUUUCUUUUGCUUGGACACGGCUUGUGUGAUGAUUUUCACAGUUGAGUAUCUGUUGAGACUCUUUGCGGCCCCAAGUCGCUACAGAUUCAUUAGAAGUGUGAUGAGCAUCAUUGACGUGGUGGCCAUCAUGCCGUACUACAUUGGCUUGGUGAUGACCAACAAUGAGGAUGUGAGCGGAGCCUUUGUGACAUUAAGGGUUUUCAGGGUUUUCAGGAUUUUCAAGUUCUCUCGCCAUUCCCAAGGCUUAAGAAUCUUGGGCUACACUUUGAAGAGCUGUGCCUCCGAGCUUGGCUUUCUCCUCUUUUCCCUCACUAUGGCAAUCAUCAUCUUUGCAACUGUGAUGUUUUAUGCAGAGAAAGGGUCCUCAGCAAGCAAAUUCACCAGUAUUCCUGCUUCCUUUUGGUACACUAUUGUAACCAUGACAACACUGGGUUAUGGUGACAUGGUGCCCAAGACAAUUGCUGGGAAGAUAUUUGGCUCCAUUUGCUCCCUGAGCGGGGUGCUGGUCAUUGCUCUGCCGGUUCCAGUCAUUGUUUCCAACUUCAGCCGAAUUUACCACCAGAACCAGAGAGCCGACAAGCGGAGAGCGCAGAAGAAAGCCCGGCUCGCAAGGAUUCGAGUGGCCAAGACCGGCAGCUCCAAUGCCUACCUUCACAGCAAGCGCAACGGCCUCCUCAACGAAGCCCUGGAGCUGACGGGAUCCACCGAAGAUGAGCAGCACAUGAAUAAAGGCACCUCCUUAAUUGAAAGCCAACAUCACCACCUGCUGCACUGCCUGGAAAAAACAACCGGAUUGUCCUAUCUUGUGGAUGAUCCCCUGUUAUCUGUACGAACUUCCACCAUCAAGAACCACGAGUUCAUAGAUGAGCAACUGUUCGAGCAGAACUGCAUGGAGAGCUCAAUGCAGAACUAUCCUUCCUCUCGGAGCCCCUCCUUGUCAAGUCACCACGGCCUGACCACCUCCUGCUGCUCUCGCCGUAACAAGAAGACCACUCACCUUCCCAACUCCAGCGUGCCGGCCACCCGCCUGCGGAGCAUGCAGGAGCUCAGCACCAUCCACAUCCAGUGCAGCGAGCAGCCCUCCCUUACAACAAGUCGUUCCAGUCUCAACAUGAAAUCAGAUGAUGGGCUGAGACCGAACUGCAAAACUGCCCAGAUAACAACAGCCAUCAUCAGCAUCCCCACGCCGCCAGCACUCACGCCAGAAGGUGAGAGCAGACCUCCACCCAGCAGCCCCGGCCACGCCACGAACAUUCCCACCACCACCACAAGCAACAUAGUCAAGGUCUCUGCCUUGUAAGACGUCUCAUGCACAGAAGGAGGCUGGAAGACCAGUGCCCCUCUCCCUCCACACCUCCAUGUUCCUUUCUUGCUGCAAAUUGUGCCUGGAUGGACCAACCUGACAUUUUGUCAUCGAAUUAGCAAUGGAGACCUAAUGAGGCAGCUUUCUCCAGACUCACGUCAUGCUGUGGACUGAGGAAGGAUUAGGAAAGGGAGGAAGAGGCUGGUUAAAGGAAAAACCUGCAUGGAGAGCGGGUUGUGCCAUGGUACAGGGCAAAAAUCACCUGCAGAGACUGGAGGGAAAAAAUCAUCAUGGCAACAAGAGUCAAUAAAGAAAAUGGGAAUAUAACACUGUGUAUCGCAGCACCUUUUUAAAGGUUUUUAAUGGAUAAUAUUUAUUCAUGAGGAAAUGACUGAAAAGGUGAAAAACAAUGGAUUUUGUGAAUUUUUUUUUUUUUUCUUCAUGGAGCAGAACCUUUAAACCAACCAAAAUUUCACAUUUUGGUUUUUUUUCUUUUAUAGGAAAAGCUAUAGACAAAGAAGCCACCUGGCACAGAAACCUAUUCCAUUCCUCUGUGUGUGUGUGCGUGCGAGUGUGCAGCACAAGCCCCGAGUUACACAGAGCAGAGCACGUGCCCAUGAUUGGCUGCACAGUAGGAAAACACAAGCACGUGUCAGCACACCCAUGUGCACACACACACCCCCCCCCACCUACUCCACCCUGGAUGGCAUUCUUUAUUUAGCCAAUUUUGUAUCCGCCUUUUAAGUCAAUACAGUGCAAUUGCAAACAGUGUGUUUGUCUGCUAAUUAUUGUCUGUGAAAACAUAUUUGUGCAAAAAAAAAAAAACCAACAAGAAAAAAAAAAAAAGACAAGCUUUAGUAGAGUUUUAGUCCCACAGGGGGAUCUGCUUUCUGAUUUUGUUAUCACUUACUUGUAAGAGUGUGACUAGAUUACCAGUUCUGUAUUUUUAAACAGGAAAACAAUAAAAACCAAGGUAGGAUUCUUUUUUAAUCCUAGACACACAAAUGGCAAAGAAUGAGAAAGCACCGAGCUCAACUGCAUCACGCCUUCAUCAGGCUGACAGAGGUUUCUUGUAAUGUAUGCCCAUGGGUUUUCAUUUUUGGUUUCUCUAGAUCAAUUUCUUUGCUAGCACUGGAUAUACAACCUAUUGUAAAUAGUAGCCAAAUAAUGUCUGGAUCUAUACUUGAUAAUAAUUAACCCCAGAGCCAAAUAUCUUGCAUGGACAGAGAGGUAUUUGGCUUUUUCGCAGUCUUAGGGCUCCAGCUGUCUCAUCAAUGGCUUCUGGGUUGCAUUGAUUUUGGGGGUAGACUAGGUUUGCAGUUUUAUAUCUCCAGUCCCAGCACAAGAUCUACAGCAUGCAUCCACUUGAGAAGGGGGAGCAGUACUGGAGUUUGGAAAACACUUGAUCAAGUGUGGUAUAGACAGCGUUUUGUUUUUGCAGUUCUACAUUUAGUUUGGGAAAAGUCACACACUUCUAGUGAACCAAAACCUGCAGCAACACUGUGUGGUACUGCCAAGACGCUGACACUUCUCACUAAGCUGUGGCCAGUCCUCGCAUAGAUCUUUCUAGGAAUGAUUUAUUGCAAGGAAAUGGUUCUGAAACACAACUGAUUUCCCCCCCACUAAGAUGAGUAACAUUUUCCUUCCAUUCUGCCUUUCUCAAGUCCCCUUUUCAUAUCAGGUGGGACCCACGAAGGGCAGAGUGAGGAAUACCAUCACCCAGCUUUCCAUCCGUCAUACACUUCGGCUAAUUACUGUGGUCAUGCACAAACGCCUCUUCAAGGCCCUACUCACACCCAGGAAUGGUGAUGCACCCAACAGCUUGUAGAUAAUAAGGGAACAUUUCAAGUGUCCUGUUUCUGAACAGUGAUUUUACCAACACUGGAGCUAAAAGAACUACAUGAAGCAUGUUUGAGGCUGAUUCAGCAAAGGGAUGCCUUUUUUUUAACAUCUGUCAUAAUCUAUCCUGAUGUAAUAUUUAUAUACACAUAUACAUGCAUACACAUAUAAAUAAAUAGACACAUACAUGUAUAGAUAGAUAAAUAGACCUACAUGCUGACUUAAACAUGCAAGCUAGCAAUGUGCUUUGUUAGCACUCCUAACCUCUUAGUCUAGAGAACAGUCUCGGGUGGCUGAUGCAUUAACUCAAUAGCCUCCUUGGAAACCUACCACAUCCUAGGAAUAUUAGGGCUAUGGUUAAGCCUUCAGUAGCUGCACCAGCUUAUAGUCAUUUAUUCCAGUGCUGUAAUAUGUUACCCAAAACUAUGUUUAGUCCUGUUUUAAAUGAUUAAAAUGCUCUGCCUUUGCUGCUUCCUGUAGGAGGUUAUACUGCAGUUAAUCUUACCACAAUUGAGUUUUUCUUGAUGUUUUAAUUUACUCUUUGCUGUGCUUUAAUUUCAUUAUUUUUCAUCAUCUGCUCCCCACCUGAACACCCUCACUCUUGUAGAUCAGAGGCCUUGCUCUCCACCACUCACCACCUUGCAACGUCAUUGACACUGGCACAGAACGAGGGUUAAAUGUGACUGUGCUGACAGGGCACAGUGCUCCUUCCAGUGUGCAGGAGUACAUGAUUACAAAGAGCCAGGGACUCACCACGGACUCUCAGUGCUGCCUUUCUUAUUCCUGAUUUACUGUGGAGUGGUAAACAAACCACUUCAUCUCUCUGCACCCAUUUGUCUGUAAAUAGCAAUCACGGCAGCCCUUGUCUGGAGCGCUAUUGGUGUGUUUAAUUGCCAUCAAUCCAGAUGCUUUUUGGAAAGAAAAGAAAACCCAACAACAUUUUUUAGAGGAAAAUAAAAAAAUAAAUAAGGAGGAAAACCAGUCCCUGGGGUUUCUGGCUGGCUGCUUGGGCUCAGGUUGUCAAGGCAGCCAUGGCCUUUGUUCUCUUCCACAGAAGAGGAAUCAUUGUUAUCCUUGCUCAAAAAUAUAUGGCUUGCCUCUUCUACCAUUAACUUAGCAGGUGCUGCCCCAUGCGCAGACUUUCAGAGGAUAAAGACAGACAAAAUUAAGGCAGUCUGAGCCUAGAGGAACAGGGCUAAAAAUAUUUUUAAUGGAAGCAUUAGCUCCCUUGAUACACGGAUUUGAAGUAGACUGAGUAAUGCUUCUGAAAGCUCUUGAAAAUAUGCUAGUACAAAACCUCCCUGCAUUGCCCAACACAGCUACAUCCUCAUUAUGAGAGCUCUGUGCAUUCAUGGAAACAGCAAAGACAAGAAUCUCUCACCAUUGGAUCAGUGGUUGGUAGGGCAUAACACAGCAUCCUUCAAACGGAACGCAGGGAAGAAGGGAAGAGCAUGGGAGCUGCACUACAGCCUCUUACUCCCACAAUGAAAGGAGGCAAUUAGCUUUACUAAAUUGCAAGGCUCUUUAUAAUAGUGAAAUAGCAACUUCUAAACCGUCUUGGCAACUUCUAAACCAACUUAGCAACCAUCCCAAAGGAGGCUGUAGUGAGGUGGGGAUCGAUCUCUUCUCCUAAGUAACGAGCAACAGGACAAGAGGAAACGGCCUCAAGCUGCGCCAGGGGAAGUUUAGAUGGAGAUGAGGAACAAUUCCUUCCCCAAAGGGUGCUCAGGCGUUGGAACAGGCUGCCCAGGGCAGUGCUGGAGUCACCGGCCCUGGAAGUGUUCCCAAACUGUGUAGGCAAGGCCCUUAGUGACAUGGUUUAGUGUUGGCCUUGGCAGUGCUGGGGAAUGGUUGGACUGGAUAAUCUUAAAGGUCUUUUCCAACCUAAUUUAUUCUAUGAUUGCUGAGAUAAGGCCAAGACACUCCUGAAAAUUCCUUGGCCAGAAUUUUAACCGAAGGAUUCAGGCCGUUCUCUCCAGGAGUGCCCAGUGCUGCCCUGCCUGACCAGCACCCCUCUGCCCUUCCCCAGGGCCACGCACACGCAGUGACACAGAUUUACAACCAGCACUUACCCCUGCAAUCCUGCUCAGUCCUGAUGCACACGGAAGGAAGGGGCUUCUUCAGCUGUGGGCUACAUCCAGGUGGACAAGCGUCCAGCAACUUUGGUAGGUUCUAGUCCUGACACCUCUCUGGAAGGCAGGUAGUAUAAAACAGCCUGAUCAGCAAGACUGCUUAACAAAGUGUCUCUAGUAUGUUGGCAGUUCAUUUCAAAAGCCUUCCCCCUCCCUGUAAUUCUUUACCACCUUUUAUAGUUUUAGAAAAGUUCAUUAAAAAUAAAUAAAAACAGAUUGUUUGUACAAAAAGCAAGUAGAAGGGGAUUAUUUUUUUCAGUCUGUCAUAAAGCAAUAUUAAACAUAUCAAAGGAGCAAGACCAUUUUGUUCCCUUUCCAAAACCUUUUCUGAAGGAAAUCUGUUUUCACAGAUUUUCAGCAUAUUCUAGUAGUAGAUUUACUCUCUCCACACCUGGCAUUAGGCUGCUAAUAGAAGCCUAAUUGGCAAAGAAUAAUGAGAAAUAGCUUCUACAUCUAGGCUUUGACUUCCAUCUAGGCUUUCUGAAAUCCACCUUAAUUUUCCUUAAAAAAUCUUAACGACACCCACAAAGAUGAGGCCACAGAAAGAAUUAAGAAAAGCAAUCCCUCCUCUGCCUGCAGAAGAUCCUUCACUGAAAUAUAUUGUGUUACUUUCUCUAGAUUAGAUUUAAAAUUCUCCAAGGAAAGGAAUUCAACUGCUUCCCUGGAGAGCUUAUUCCAGGCUGAUAGAUCUCAAUGCCAAGGCUUUUUCCCCUGCUGUUCAGUCAUAAUUCCUUCCUUAUUUUUCCUCUCUUGCUCCCAUUGUACAUCCUCAGCAGAUUGUAAAUUAGCUGCCUACCAACAGAAGAGGGAUAUAAAACUUUCUACAGGAAAUUCUUAUCCCGGAGACUACUUUUGUCUGCCAAAUGAUUAUCAUUGUUAAAAGGAACUAGGGAAAAGGUGAACCAAGUAACACACAGCUUUAGCAUGGAAUAAAGCUAACAGGGAAUUCAAAAUACAUCCUUCUUUACAGUUGGCCAGAAAUACCAAAUUUGAAUCAAUGCUGCUUGUUUAACCUGAAACAGUUGAUAAUACAAACUGCAAACCAGCAUUUCUCAUUCUAGUGUAGACAGCUUCAGGUGUGUGCAUGAAAAAUUGGAUUAAUCCCAGCUAAAGCAAGCAAUGUUUCUUCAAAUAGUUUGCUUUUUUAAGUAAAGAGGUUGUAAACAUGUUGUAUCUUACAUGUAUUGUACAGCAAAUUCAGUGAAUUAAAAAUCACCUUUUAUUUAUGGGUUGCACCAUCCCUUGGAUCCUGUAAUAUUUUGUCUAUGGCAGAGUUACAAAGUCAGCAUUCAUGGAUGGCUUGUGAAUAUCAGCAGCUUUGAACUGAAGACUUUAUUCUGCUUUUAAAGUAAAUGGUAGAGGUGAUUAAUACACCUUUUCCAUAUAAUUUACCAAUCAAAUGUAUCUUAGUUGAUUUUAAAAAAUCACAUAUUUUUCUCCAACACUUUAAACAACUGCGCUACAUACAUGACUUCAGAGCUCGAGUUUUUAGGCUUCACAUUUAAUGAUACCAGAAACACUCUUCAUAAAGGUUUCAUCUUUCUAAAACUUUUUAAGAGCCAACAGAAGGCAGCGUGCAUAUUGAUUAGAGCUAGGAGUUGGCAUCUGUGUUCUAGCAACCUGUGUUCUACUCCUGUCUUGAUGAAUCACUAAGUGACCUCGAAGAAGUCAUUUCACCUCUCUGCCAAUUACCCAAGCUGUAGAGAGUUUGAUACCUCCUCCUUCAGUAAGUGAAGCUCAAUUCAUGAACACCUACAAAACACCAGAGAAUUCUGGGGAAAGCAUACCAGAAAAGUACUGCUACUCACAUUCAGAGUGCAAAAGUGUGCCAGAAAAACUUCAGGUGGAACAGUCGAAAGAGCAGGUGACAAAGAGCUUGUGAAAAUUCCUUCUCGAGUUUCCCUCUCAGUCAGUAGUCUGUUACUCUGUGUGUAUAUGUGUGCACGUGUUUCUUUUCAUUCUGGUUUAAACUAGUGCUAGUCACAGAAGUCACACAGCUGUCUGGGUGAGAAGUUAACCAACCACACCAAAUGCUCUUCUCUGUUCUGUUGCAACUAUGGGUGGGAGCUCCUCUGGACCUCUCCACUGGCUCCUCGGACCAAUGAAGUAUCUUACAAAACAUGUGUGAUGGUCUAUUUUUGAUAAAUCAGUGAGGCAUUCCAAUGCAAUGGUGUUUUCUUUAGAAGUUUUAUGUUAGGAGAAGCUCUCGACCUUAUUAUUUUCUAUUUUCGUACUAUAAAUGGGCUUUGCUUACAAACAUCAGAGGACAGAUACAAAAUGUACUGUAUACAACUGCAGGUAGCUUCAUUUGAGAACAACUUUCUAGAAGAACCAAGUUUCCUGUUGUCUUCUUUUGGAAUUGUAGUGCAUAUGUUGAAACUUGUAUAUCAUUUACAGUAUUGAGUCUUGUGCCACUGCUGUACCUGAUGUAUCCAAUCUGGAUUAAACAGAAUAUGUGCCACAAAUACCAA